UUAUAUUAUUAAUAAGAGGGUGUAGGUGCGUUAAGCUUAUUUUUAAAAAUAAAGAAUAAAUAUAUAUUAGAUAUUUUUGAAAAAAAGAAAACAAAUUUUUAUAAAAUAAAUUUCAAAAGUGUAGAAAUAAUUUGUGUUUUAAGAAUAAGUUGAAAAACAGACUUGUUAAUUUCAAUAUAACCAAAGAAAAGUAAAAUGGCUGAAGCACCUGCCCCAACUCCAGUCAAAAAAGUGCCAAUUCAUCUCCAAAGCGCUCAAAAUCGGCUUUACAUCAAAAAUGGAAAAAUUGUCAAUCAUGAUAAGAGUUUUUGUGCUGAUAUUUAUGUUGAAGAUGGCAAAAUAAAAUUUGUUGGACCAAGCACAGAUAUUGUUAUACCAGGAGGUGUCAGAGUAAUUGAUGCUAAUGAAAAACUUAUACUUCCGGGGGGAAUUGAUCCUCAUACUCACUUUCAAUUACCAUUCGGUGGAACCGUUGCUGUUGAUGAUUUUUAUCGCGGAACCAAAGCUGCUUUGGCAGGAGGAACAACCACAAUUAUUGAUUUUGUGAUUCCGCAAAAGAAAGAGUCUUUGUUGGAAGCAUACGAUACAUGGCGCAGUUGGGCGGAUCCAAAAGUGUGUUGUGAUUAUGCUCUUCAUGUAGCUGUUACUUGGUGGUCGAAAUCUGUUUCUGAUGAAAUGAAAAUUUUAUGUGAAGAACGUGGCGUUAAUUCAUUUAAAAUGUUUAUGGCAUACAAAGGACUUUUUCAAUUAAAUGAUUCGGAAUUAUUAGAAGCUUUUGAAAGAUGUAGAGAACUAGGUGCAGUUGCACAGGUUCAUGCUGAAAAUGGGGAUAUAAUUGCGAAAAAUGUUAAAAAACUAUUGGAAAGUGGAAUAAAUGGACCCGAUGGUCAUGAAUUGUCGCGACAAGAAGAGGUUGAAGCUGAAGCAGUUAAUAGGGCGUGUAUUCUGGCUCAUCAGAUGCAAUGCCCUUUAUAUGUUGUACAUGUAAUGAGUAAAUCAGCGGCAAUUGAAGUUAAACGUGCCAGAGAACGUUAUAAUCAAAAAGGAAUUUAUGGUGAAACCUUAGCUGCCGCUUUAGGUACUGAUGGAACUAAUUAUAAGCACGAAUGCUGGCAUCAUGCCGCUGCUCAUGUUUUGUCGCCACCUCUUAGGCCAGAUAAAACAACACCACAAUUUUUAAUGAAGAGUUUGGCUGAUGAUAAUCUUCAAACCACUGGAAGCGAUAAUUGUACUUUUAACAGAAAUCAAAAGGAGCUUGGCCGAGAUGAUUUCUCCAAAAUUCCAAAUGGAGUAAACGGUGUAGAGGAUCGCAUGUCUGUUGUUUGGGAAAAAGGAGUUCACGCUGGUAUUUUAGAUCCAUGUAAAUUCGUUGCUGUAACAAGUACAAAUGCUGCAAAAAUAUUCAAUUUAUAUCCUCAAAAAGGAAGAAUUGCAGUAGGUUCGGAUGCUGAUAUAUUGAUAUGGAAUCCCAAAACGACAAGGAGAAUUUCAGCAAAAACUCAUUAUCAAGCAUGCGAUUUCAAUAUUUUCGAAGGGAUGGUGUGCCACGGCGUCCCAGAAAUAGUUAUUGCCAAGGGAAGAAUUUGUGUAGAAAAUGAUGCAGUUCGUGUAGCUGAAGGACAAGGUACAUUUUUGCCAACUUCAGUUUUCCCCCCGUUUGUUUACAACGCUCUAAACGGAAGGGCUGAAAAUCAUGACGACAUGGAUCAAACAAAUCACAAAGACGUUACCAAAGAAGACUUGGAUAUAGAUUUAUUUACGAAGGCUGUUGAUGAUAUACUUAUUGAACCAAAAGAAGAAUCAGUUUAUACGCCAUCUAAAGCACCACGACUUGAUGGUCAAAAGAAUAUGCAAGAAUCUACAUUUUCUAUCAGCGAAGAAUUGGAUAAAAGCGAAAAAAGAUCAUGCAUCCGUGUAAGAAAUCCACCAGGCGGAAAAUCUUCUGGAUUUUGGUAAUUUAUUUCAUGAUGCAAUAAAGUUAUUGUAGCCUUUUGAUAAGUUGGGAAAACAUUAGCAAACCAGAUCUAAAACGGCAACUAUAUGAAUAAUUACAAAUGAUUAUUAUAUUAAGCAAGCACAAUUUCAAAUAUGUAAUUGAUUUCAUAUAAUUGUAGCUUUGUUUUUUACUUAAUAGAAUGAAUGUUUAAUUAUGAGUAAAGUAAUCAUAAGAAUUUUUUACUUAAAAAAGUAUAAUUUUUUUAUAUACAGGAUAAAGAUGAACUAAACUAUAUUAUUAUUAUUUAAAAUUAAAAAUAAUAUAGCCUUUUUAAAACCCACCAACAAUUUCAAUAGUGAAAUAAUUAAUUUAUUAAAAAUAUUGCUUAAAAAAAUUCAAUAAAUUUAGAAGUAGCAUUUUUCGAAAAUUUUCUUUGUUGUUUUACUUUUUAUUUAUAAAAGCUUUUAAGUGCCUCAAAAAUUAAGUAUUCGUUCAAAUAAAUACUUUUUAUAUAUUUAAAAGAAAAUUAGCCUGACUUUUAACUACGGCAUUAUUUAAAUUAAAUAUUUAUUUGUUAAAUUAAAUUUUUAUAUUUACAUGAAACCUAUAGUGAGAUUAAAAUAUAAAAUGUUUCAGGAAUAUAACUGUUUUAAUACUUAAUACCAUGUAUUAAUAAAUAUCCAAACACGUUUAAAGUAAAAUAUUUUAAUUAUUAAUUACCUUUUAUAAUUGGUUCAUAUUUUUCUAUAACAUUCUUGAGUAAUAAAGUUAAAAUAAAACUAAUGUAUGGUACAAGUAAUAUUUAAAAAGCAAAAGGAUUUGAAAAAUAUGGGAACAAAAAUUGAAAGAAAUGAUUUUAAAAAUUCUUCUUAAGAAAUUUGCUUGAAUACAUUAAGUUUAGUUCAAAAAUGAUCAUAUUCCUGUAUAAAAUAUUAUAGUGUUUAAAUAUACAAAUAUAUUAACAAAUAUUAUGAAUGCAUGCAAUUUAAAAUAAAAUUUACUUAUGUUGUCAUUUGCAAAUUUUUC